AAGAGACCUGACAGAGGAACUCACUGAGUGAAGAUCUGAGCUGUGUGACGGAGCCUGAGCGCUGCUGGGAGUUCACUGCUCAACUAAACCGAUCAUCUCACAGGUGUCGACUUUUCACUGCAGUGCCAUGUCCACAUUAAGGAGCCCUGGUGCUGCAAGGGCAGGUUCUUCCUCAUGCUCGCCCUCCUCGUCCUCCUCGUCCUCCUCCUCCUCCUCCUCCUCCUCCUCCUCCUCCUCCUCCACGCACCCUGCUGCAGAAGAUCCUGGUCAUCAGCAUCUGUUCUCGGUGUCCAGCUCCGCCUCCCUCCAGGCUCGACGUCCCCGGCAGCUGCCGCUCCUGCGCUUACGGACCUUCAGCUGCUCCGUGAGACGCCGGAGGAGGGAGAUGACCCCGGACGACAUGAAGGACUCCAACUACUGGGACAAGCGACGGAAGAACAACGAGGCGGCGAAGCGGUCCAGGGACAGGAGGAGGCUGAGCGACCUGGUGCUGGAGGACCGGCUGCUGACCCUGAGCCGGGAGAACGCACAGCUGCGCGCCCAUGUGCUCAGUCUGCAGUACCAGAGUCUGAGAGCAGGGGAGGCCGAAGCUGCAGCAGCUGCAGCCUCCACCUGGUCCUCCUCGCCCGCUUUCCCCCCUGCUCUCCUCCCGCCAGGACUUUGCAUGAGCACCCCUGGGUUUCCUGUCCUGGGUGCGAGGCAUCUGGAAACAGCCAGUCACCCCUUCCCUUGUUUCGGUUCCAAUAAAGGUGCUGCUGCUUUCAGUCCACCGGGGUCAGCUGAGGCAGAGAUGGAUGCCCGGCAUCAGGGUCAGGUCUCUUCCAGCGAAGACAUCCCCACCUCCAGCCACGUCUCCGCCAUCCGCGCGCAUGGCGUCCUGCACCGAGCCUCCACCCCGUCACACGCACCUGUCAACAGGCCACUGCCCCACCCGAGUCCCUCUGAAAAGUGUGAUCCUCUGCUGCUGCCCUGGUGGUCCUUCUGCGGGCCACGGCCCCCUCUCUACCUCCAGCAGGGACAGGGCCAGGGCGCCGGGGUGGAGGCGGACUUUAAGAGCCGGGUCAGCAUCGCUGCAGCGGGGCUGUCUCAAGUCGUAAUGCACCUCAGUCCUGAGAGACACUAUUAUUGAUAUCGAAGUAAUAUUUAGUAUUAUCAACUAAAAUCAAAGAGGAUUUAUAUUUUGAUACGAACGGAUGCAAACCUGUUCACUUGCCAUAAUGAAAACAAGUAAAGAAACCAACACGAGUUAAUUACGUUGUACAUUUACUCCAUUCACAACAACGGGACUUUUAUAAUGAUAUUUUGACAAUAAAUGAUCUUUCCCCUGUCAUGAUUGUUCAGUGAUAUUUAGAAGAUAAAUCUAAUCACAGCUGGAUUUCUACCAUUUAGCUGAGCCACGCAGUGAAACUGGCGGUUUGUUGAUAUUUCCCUUUAUUCACACUGUGUGAUUUACCAGCACAUCUCCACUGAAUGCUUGAAAGUUUAUUUCACUUUUUAGACAUCUCUCUUUACUGCAUCUUGUUGUUGUGCACAUUUUUUUUAAAAGGCAGCAAUAUUAAACAAACUAUAGCAAAGUGCGUGGAUAUGGAUGAACCUGUUUCUACUUUUGAAAUAAAAAAGUGCAUGUUAGAUAUUUUGUCACCUUGAUGAAAAAUGUAAUUGGUCACUGAUCGUAUAUAUAUAUAUAUAUAUAUAUAUAUAUAUAUCAGGAGGUUCAACAAACUUAAUAUCAAACGGGAAAAAUAAAAGGGGGAAAGUGAAUAGAAAGACAAAUGCAGAAUAAAGAGAUCGCUUGUCCGUAUGAUGUGUAUCAAUAAAAAUACAGUUUACGUCCCCACAGGAUAAAAAAUGUAAUUAAAUACUACUAAUACUAAUAAUAAUA